UUGAUCCGUGCGCGAGCACCACCCGUGCGUCCGUCGAAAGGUGCGUUCGAUCCUCGUUCGAACGGUUUCCUCCCUCUCCUACGGCCCCGCGUCCCUCGGUUUCUAUUCCUGCCAUCCAUUGUGACCACCGUUGUGUUUGUUUGUUUGUUUGCUCGGUUUGUGGUACGUGAAAGCAUCCUCAACUCACUUGGUUCGCUCCAGUUACAGCACGCACGGUUUAUGGGGGGGUUUGGAUAGUGCUGGUGUGCUGGAGUGCUGGUGGAAAAAGGGAAAAACAUCCAUCGUGUCCCUCGUCAGCGGGAAAAGCGGACGAGCGGUCUAGUGUCCCCGUCGUUCGGAGCAGGUUUUGCUGUAGCAGCCGUAGUCGAAGUAGCCUGACGCUAGACAACCGGCCAACCGCAUAUGCGUCUCUGCAUGUUGUUCGCCAUAUUUAGGUGACUACUUCUCGUGUCUGGCGGUGUGAGGUGUGUGUACGAGCGGCAGGUGUUAGGGGAAAAAAAGGCGUAGAAAGUGGAGUUCGCUUCUUGUGUUCGCUCGUGUGCUGAUGGCCACCGGUGGUUCGCCAGGUCCGGCCCUCGGAUCUCGGGUGCGCUAGACGAGAUCCUAAAUUACGAAGAAGAUUUGAAUUUGUUCCAAUCGAUGUGAAUCGGGUGUGUCUCUGUUUGCGUGUACGGAUGUGUGUGUGCAUUCAAAUCAGAUUGAGCAGAGCUGGGAAAUUGUUGGAAAAUACGUGGAAAACAACGCGAUUAUCAGUAUCAACUAUCAUCACGGACCAGACGCGGAAGCAGAAGACCGAGCUCCCUGCCCCUUUAGUGACGCCAUGAAGUUCCAGCUCGAUCGUUAAACCCUACUGGAUGAUCCUGUUGACUGCAGUCCUUGGUUGAAACAGAGGAAAAGAGAAAUAAAAAGAGAGAGACAGAGAAAGAGAGAGAGAGAGAGAGAGAGAGAGAGAGAGAGAGAGAGAGCGUGGAUUUUUCGAUUGCUGGAGGCUCGGAGGCAGAACGAUGACACAUCAACAGCGGCGCGGUGCGCCCGUCGAGUGUCCAUUGGCAUCGUUGGGCCGUAAUACGCCCUCGAUGGACACCCGGCAGUACCACCAUCCGCUCAGCUCGAGUCCCCUCGACCCGCAGGCCUACCAGAUGUCCCGCAGCUCACCGAUACUCGCCCUCGAUUCAUCCGACCUCGACUACGUCCCGGAUGGCGGCGCUGGUGGUAAGGUGGACCAAGGUGGUUCCGUGCUCACGGAUGGCCCCGUACCGGACGGUGGUCGUAAUGGUGCGGGUCCCGGUGGAGGUGGUGGAGUAGCUAAUGGGGCAGGAGGCGGAAGCGGUGGCUCUUUGCUGUCACGCAGUUCUUCCUCUUCGCUCGAUCAAAGUGCUCCUUACAUGCAUCCUCCACCACCACCACCCAAUGGUCAUCACGUUGCCCACCGGAGAGACUAUCGACAUAUCCGGCCACGGACGUACACACCGAUCGAUGCCUUACUAAGCAGCACCUACCACCAUCAGCAACAGCAGCAGCAGCAGCAGCAACACGCACGACUGUCCCCGGUGUUGCGUGUACCGCAGGGUGGUUUCCAUCAUCCGGACGAACCGCCAUCGCACGGACUCGGUGGACUCUCGGAAGCCGAUCGGUACUUUCUGGAGGAAAAGAUGGACGCGCUCUACAUUCAAGGUGCCAUCCGGCGCAAUGCCAACGCCACUCCGUCCAGCCUCACGCGCAAUCAAUCGAGCAGCAGCAACAACACCGAGCGGUACUACCUCGAGAACGAAAACAUCGACGCCAUUUACAACUUCUGUCGGCGCAACGUGAACGGUGGCAGUGGCCACAGUGUCCACAAUGUGUCCUCGAAAGCCUCCUCGGCGGCCCAAUCCCAGGUGGACUGUCUCGAUUCCAGCUCACCGCAUCUGCUGCGCCGUGCCUCGAGCCCGGAAACCAGUGGUUCCGAUCGGUAUCUGCUCGAUCGGAUACGUGGUUCACCGGCAUUCCACAGUCCACGGACGACUCACCUGAAGGUGGUCGGUUCCACCGAUUUCGUUGAUGGCAGGAUUCCUCUCACCAAAUCGCAACACUUUACGGAUGGAUUGUCAAGGUACGGGCGGUUCUCACCGAAUCUGGACCAAGGUUAUCACACGCUGGUAUCGCCUUCACCGUCGGGUCAACAACAAUCGACGAUACCGAGCUCGUGGAGUAAUCAUCGGGCUGGUGAUGGAGCGACGUCGACCUCCUCGAGCCACGGUAGUCCCGGUUGUCAGCCGGGUCAACCGCCAACAUCGGUCAACGGUAGCGGUAGCGGUUGCAAUGGUUCCAGCGGUCUAUCGAACGGUACCGUCGCCAUCGGUACGACCAUACUUACCAGCUUAAGCAAGGCACAUGGUGGUGGCGGCGGUGGUAACGGUGGCACCGGUGGUACGGGUUCGUAUCGGGCCGGGCCACUCUUCGAUCGGAUCACCGACGAGCUGAUGGUGCGCAUCUUCGAGUGGCUGGACAGCAGCGAAUU